AUGUUGCGGAAGAAUGGUGGACGAAGCGUUGCUCGUCUAGUGACUUUGGUCCAGUCCGUCUAUCCCCAACGCGUCCAAGAUGCUUCUCGGCACGGGCUGACUCGAUGUCACCACUCCCCCUGCAUCGUUACAAGAUACCUGGCAACAGGAGUUGCCCCUUCAACCGCUCAGCGAAGGUCAUCCGAAGGCGUUCGAGUGGAGCACAAUCGACCUCAACGCGCAUCGAGCUCAAUCUAUCCCGACUCAAAGGCGGCUGAUCGCCGACACCCUCACGCUCCCCAGCUGUUUCAGCACUUCAAGAGGCGAGCCCCUGAGAGAGAUAACUCGUCUCCGAUUUCGUCCAAGCAGCGCAGCUCCAGCGAUUCGUACAUCCUUCGCAACGUCUCAACAGAUCCGGAGCUGAGACAACUCUACACCUCGCUAGGUGUGGCCGCAGACGCCCACGAUGCCGUGCAGGCUACCAAGCUGUGCCAGCUGAUCAAGGAAAGGAAAGAGCACAUAAGUGGUUCCUCAGGUAGCAUCCCCUUCGCACCAGAGGAGAGGGUCGUCUUUCUGGCAGUGAUGCGUGCAUUAGCACAUCACGGCCUUCUCGACGAAGUCCAAGCCGUCCAUGCCGACAUGCUUGCCUCUGGUUUCGAAGAAUCCAUCGACUCGCUCAACAAUCUUUUACAGGCGGCCAUCGUCUGCGGCGACGAAAAAGCCAUCUCCGCGACCCUAGAAACCAUUUUCGCCUCGCAACCUUCCUCUUCCUCAGCAUCAGAGCGCUCUGAAGAACUAGCAAAGAUUCUGCUCAGCGAGUCCACCGACUCGAGAGCUCCCAAAUCUGCACGCGGCGCCGGCUUGACUCUGCCCACCGAAAUGACGCGCAACUGGAACGCAGCAACUUUUGCGCAUAUGAUCGACAGUGCCUGCCAAGACCAUAACCUCGAGUACGCCCUCUUGCUCCUUUCAACGUGCUAUCGCAUGGGUCUGAUCUUGCCGCAUCAGAGCCUUUCGCGCCUCAUCACGCUAUGCAUCCACUGCGAAGAGUUCAGAAGCGCUGUCGAGCUGGCUGAUCUCAUGGAGCAGGGCGGUUUGAUCUACGCAGACGCCGAUUCAACAAGUUCGGCCAACAAUCCAUCAGUCACCCUGGAUGCACUUCGAUCCGAUGCGCGAAGCGGUCAGGUAGCUCGUCGUCUGCCCCCGAGCGUAUGGAUGUCGAUGCUUCGUUCCUGCGCUGAAGGCGGAUACCUGCCCGGCGUCGAGCUUGCCUGGUCCAAGGCAGUGACACGAGGCCUUCUCUCGCCCGACGACGGCCUACUCCAGCUUAUCCUCGCCCUCGCUGCCAAGGAAGGGAGUGUGCACAUGGCACACACGUGCGUCCGGCACAUCGACCCUGCGUUUGAUCUGACAGCGUGUGCGUCAGCCUCGACGACAUCGCGUUCCGAACAAAGCUCCGGAUCCACUCGCAGGAUGUCGACACCUUCCAGACGCAUGCAGUUGCAGGAAUGGCAUCUGGCGCCUCUCUUCGAAGCGCAUUGUAGCGCUCACGACUAUGUCGGGGCGAUGCGCGCCUUACAUGCGCUCCACUGUCGCGGCAUCCAGAUCACAGAUCGCACGACUUCCAGAAUCAGCACCUCGAUCUAUCCCAGUAAGGAUUCGCUCCAGCUGGCCAGAGAAGCUCUCGCCCUGUGUGCGACUGAUGCUGCUAUUGGGACCCAUAAGGCCAUCGUCAAUGCUGUCCUCAGCGCAGCCGUCUGGCUUGGCGAUCUGGCUCAAGCGCUCGACAUCUAUCACUCGAUGCGCACUUUCCAUCCCUUCGCCAGUCCUCCAGGCCUCACGACUUCUGGCGAUCGUCGAGAGUUGGUCCGACCCAACCUCGACACCUUCAACUCGCUUCUAAGCGGAUGCAUCGAUGCCGCCGACUACGACACCGGAGUCGAGUUGCUCAAGGAUCUGAACCACCUCAAGUUGCGGCCCAACGCGGUGACGUUCGAGCGUAUGAUCGUGCUGUGCUUGACGCAGUCCAACUACGACGAUGCAUUUGGUUUCAUUGAAGAGGCUAAGGACAAGGGAAUUCCUCCGAGCCGCAAGAGCUACGAGGCAGUGGUGCGUAAGUGCUUCCGAGAGAAGGACCAUCGCUGGGAAAGCGUCCUGGCAGACAUGAAGGAUCAAGGCUACCGUCCAAACCCGAGACUGCUGCGCGAGAUCGAGUUCGAUGCAGACGCUCCUGACAUCGGCACGUCAAGCCCACGAUUUUAG